GUAAAGUUAGUGUGCUUUAGUAUGGUAUAUCCAUCCAAACAUCACCAAUUAGAAUUGAUAUGGCUAAAGAUAAGAAGAAAGAAAACAAUCAGUCCAAUAAGGUGAAGAAGCCUGCAGUUGUUAGUACAUCACUAAAAGAGAUUGAAAGGAAAAGAAAACAAGUGUUUAAACCCAUAUUAGAUAAUGCAUUUACCCAAUCUAAUUUAUGGCCAUUUAUACUGCCUGAGCUUGCUAAUGAAAUAAUGGAUCAUCUUACACUUUUAUUAUCAUCAAUAGGGAAGUAUAAUCAAUUAAAGCAAACCACAAAAGUUGAGCCUCCUGAAAUCAUAAAUCAUGUUGUCUUAGGAUUCAAUUCUUGUGUUAAAAGAUUAGAGGCUCAAGCCCAAAUUCAUACAAAGAAGAAUAAAGUAUCAUUAUCAAGUCAAACGCCUUAUUACAAAUAUAUCUUUGUUUGUAAAAACGAUAUUGUACCUCCUAUAAUUACAAGUACUUUCCCUGUAUUGGCAUAUACUGGAUCGAAACAUAAAUCAAAUAGAGUAAAGUUGAUUCAAUUACCAAAGGGCAGUAUACAACGACUUUCUGAAAUAUUAGCUGUACCCAAUGUAGGCAUUUUAGGAUUAACAGAUGAUAUAAUAGAAGGUAAGCAUCUUUUUGAAAUGAUAGAUGAACAUGUUAAGGAUAUAGAUAUACCCUGGUUGGAGAGUAUGUUUGAUGGCAAUAGUCAUUUUCUUCCGCCAGCCAUUAACUUUUUGUCUACGAGUAUACCAGUAUUCCCUAAGAAGAAUGAUCAGAAGCAAGAGAAUAAACAGAAGAAGUUACAGCAGCAGGAGCAACAGCAGCAACAGUGAUAACUAUAUAGUUGUAUGUAUAUAAUGAUGUAAUGACCCUCAAUAGACCCAUUUCUUACUGCUGCAAAAGUACUGCGCACUUAAGUGUUAGGGCAUAAAAUU